UCGUAAUAGGUCCAUGAUGUAACUCCUAGCUCCUAUUGGCGUGCACAAUUUUCCUUUCCCGUUUCGAUUGGCCGUUUUGAGGACGCUGUACUACGACUGCAACUUCCUUAUUAGUGGUCGCUAGUUUUAAGGAGCGAGCAUGCAUUCAUUUUUCAGUGUAAAAGCAGAAUGGAGGAGGUCACUCUAAAUGAUCUUUUAUAUCCAGAGUUACUUUCAAAGAGAACUCUUGUGGAAAUUCUAGUGCAGAGGCACAUCAAGCUAGAUGGAGAACAGAAAGAAGACAAAGAAAUCCUUGUUGAGAUUUUCUUGAGGACGGUGACCCCGCAGCCUCAGAGACAACCCGGGUCAAAUAGGAGAGGUCAAAUCACAGCUAAGGUCAUCAAGAAACUCAAUAUGCAGAGAGUUCGCUCUAAAUCAGAGUCGGAGAAGAGCUUUUCCAUUGGUAUAUCGGAACAACAGAAGAGGUCUCGGGCGAGUGGGUUACUCAUGUCCACAGGUCUACCUUCAAGUGCUAGCUGCACCAGCCGAUUAAAACCACCGCCUAUUGUCAACAACCAGGGCAAAUCUGUCGUUAAACUGAAUCCUGGAAAGUCCCCAAGUAGUGACAAAGAAUCGCCAUCUUCCAACAGUCCAACAACAGGUGUUAGAAAGUCAGUGAUCAGUCCUUCGUCUUCUACCACACCCAAAUCCACCAAAUUAAAAGUCUAUAACUCGUCUGCCUCUACUGCAAAAUCACAAGAGACUCUUCCAAAAUCUGGAGAUAAAGAUAAAGGAGCAGCAUCUUCCGGAAAUGUGUCUCUGAAAAGACCGUCAACUAUUGAAAAUGGGGAGAUGAAAACCUCUGAUGAUGCCUCUCCCAAGCCCAAGAUCAAGAAGAUUUCUUGGCCGUAGCUCUUUCUCAUCUAAUUUAUUGAUGCCCUGGUUUUAAUUAAUUAAUUUUAUAUAUUGUGGGUAAUGACAGUACAAAGAAAUCUUCAACAGUAUUUUUACAAAAUAGUUGUAUCAUAGUGAAAAUAUGGCAUUAUUAUUGACCUUAUUAUAGAUAUUUGUAUGCCUCCGCACCGAAGUAGCCAGAAGCAUUAUGUUUUCGGUUUGUCCUUCUGUUCGUCCAUACAUCCCUUUCUUGUGACCGCGUUAUGUCAAGAACUGAUUGAUGGAAUACCAUCAAACUCAAGACAUGUGUGUAUCUUGCUGAGCCAAUGAACUGAUUAGAUUUUGGGGUCAUGAGGUCAAAGUUCAUGGGGCUCAUGUAUGCAAAAAUAGCUUGUGAACGCAUUAUCAGAACCAAUGAAUGGAUUAAAAUCAAACUUGAAUUUUAAAAAUUGCUUGUUUUGGUUUGUAAAACCGCUCUAUGGCAUUUUUCGACUACUCGCAGAUGAAGAUCAAUCUAGUUAUAUUCAUAUAUCAUUUUGAUUCGUAACCAUAGAUGAUAAUCGGCUUGCAUCAUGAAGUAUCUUGAUUAUAUUAUUUCUGUAUAGUAAUCAGGUAUCCCCUCCCCCCCCCCCCUUCUUUACUGUUAAUUCUGCAUCAGUAUUUACUUUAUAUCUCUUUUGGCAGGCAAUUAUUGUUAAGGAAAUGCUAAGUACCAACUACACUAUCUUGCUCAUAGUCACCCAAUUUAAUUCCAGUUAAAUCUGAAACCUUAGAUAUGAUUUGUAUCAUUAUUUCAAUACAGGUUUGUGUUGGAAUUUUACCCUUCCAAGGCUUUCGAACAAGAACUAAAAAUACACUUUCCUGUAUCACCAUUCAGGAAGCUCUAUAUUUUUUCUUUUAAAGUCCAGCUACAAUAUAAUCUUAAAGGGAUUGGGUAUCUUUGUCUCAGAUUCUAAACAAAAUCCUGGAUUUA